UACAACAGCAGACCGAAAACAGCAAAACGCAUUUUAAUCACAUGACCUGUGGUCGUCACGUGUUCGUAGCACAUCCGGGUCAAAGGCCGUCAGCAUGGACACGGGGGAUGUUCUUGCAUCUCUGGGGGUAGAGGGAGCCACCGCAGCUGCGCAUGCGCUCUCUCUUCCAGCAGAGGCGUACGGAAAUGACGCCCAGCUGGAAGUCAUGUGGGCUAUGAAAGCCUACAAUCACGCAGAAGUUUACUAUAAUCUUAUUGCUUCAGUUGACCCCAAACUUCUAAAACUAACAAAAUCCGACGAGCAGAUAUAUAAUAAGUUCCGGGAAGCGUUUCCUGACCUCAGUAUUGAUGUUCUGGACCCGGAGCUGCUGAAGUCAGCGGACGCUAAAGAGAAAUGGAGGCCCUUUUGUAACGAGUUUGAAGGAGUUGUAGAGGACUUCAACUAUGGCACAUUAUUACGUCUAGACUGUCAGAAGGACUACACGGAGGAGAACACUAUAUUUGCGACCAGGAUCCAGUUUUACGCCAUCGAGAUUGCGAGAAACAGAGAAGGAUAUAAUGACUUUGUCCACAAAACCAGUUCAAAAAACAAACAACAGAAAAAAGAGGAGAGUUAAUCAUAACCGCUUAAUAUUUCAAGUGACCUUCUUGUUGUAGAGGAGAUCUUUCUACACAUAAGGCCAAACAAGUGGAGAAACAGUUAUAAAUGUCCUACUUAUUUUUUUUCCCCCAUAUGUAAAUGUGUGUAAAAGAGUUGCUUUUCUCAUUUGUACACUAAAGUUGGUUGGUUAUUAAUUUAGUUUUGAUUUUCCUGCAAUGUCUGGCACCUUUUGUUUGUAAUGAAUAACAGUACAUAUUUCCCCUGAAAAACUGCUGCUGUGCUGUGUGGAUUGACUGUAUUGUAAUUAGGAUUGCCAUGACUUAAAUACAUCCAGAACCUGCUUUUGAGGAGGAUUUUGAUGGGAUGCGGAGGCUCAAGAACAUCCUGAUGUAUCCCAAUGCUGACUUUUUCAAUUUUAUCAUCAUUGGCAUUUUUGUUGCAACUUUUACUGCAUCACCAGGCAUUAAAUUACUGCUACACAGAUUAUUCCAAGAGUAUGUUCCCUCCAAUAAAACAUUGAGCAGAUUCCAUUCC